GAAGCCCAACCAGAACCGCAGCUCGCAAGUCCAUGCUGUUGUUAAGAAUAUCAUCGUUCUGUGCAGACAUUAGCGGUAGUUUGUGUGUUUUAUUGUGUUUUAUGUCGCUGUGAGCAUCUUUUGUUUGAGAAGCAGAGUAAUGGCUGAUGGUGGAGAUGUUGUUGAAGGGGAUGUUGAUGAUCCUCCCAGCAUGAGCUGUCCACUGGUUACUGUGUCACAUCUCCCAAACACCACUGCAGCUGGCCGUAACCUGAAGGAAUGGCUCCAGGAGCAGUUCUGCGAUAAGCCUUUGGAACAGUGUGAGGAUAUGCGUCUGCAUAAUGCUGCCUACGUGGGGGAUUUAGAAACUAUCAGGACCCUCCUGCACGAGGACGACUUUAAACGGCGAAUCAAUGAGAAGUCGGUUUGGUGCUGUGGGUGGCUACCCUGCACGCCCCUGCGGAUCGCGGCCACAGCCGGCCACAGCGAGUGUGUGGAUUUCUUAAUCUCUCAGGGAGCCGAAGUGGAACUGGUGGACGUGAAGGGACAGACCGCGCUGUACGUGGCUGUGGUUAAUGGCCAUUUGGACUGUGUGAGGACCCUUUUGGAAGCCGGCGCUGAUCCGAAUGGCAGCAGACAUCACCGAAGCACCCCUCUAUACCACGCGGCACGAGUGGGCCGAGUGGACAUCUUACAAGAGCUGAUCAGGUUCAACGCUGACGUCGACGUUGACCACCAGCUGGGCCCCAGACCCCUGUUCAGUGCCCGCAUUCUGUCUACUCUGGUGGUCUGUCCGCUGUACAUCAGCGCCGCGUAUCACCACCUCCACUGUUUCCGGAUGCUUCUUCAGGCCGGGGCCAACCCAGACUACAACUACACCGGCCCCGUGAGCACUGAGGCGCUGACCAGGGGCCUGGCCUCGUGUCUGCUGGAUGCAGUUCUGAGACACGGCUGUGAACCUGCCUUCGUACGCUUGCUGCUGGAUCACGGAGCUGACCCGUGGCUGGUCCCCUGGGAGGAGCUCGAUCCCGACGCUAUGGGUCGCGUAAGGGUCAAUGCAGAAGCCCUUCGCAUCUUCCAGGAGGCUAGAAGACGCCCUAGAAAGUUGACGCACAUUUGUCGCAUUGAAAUCCGGAAGGUCAUGGGCAAACAUGGCUUUUCACUUAUCUCAUCCCUUCCGCUGCCUGUCACCAUCAAGAACUUUCUGCUCCACAAGGACUGAGGAGGUUUGGCUGCUCCAUUCAGUAAAUAGCUCACAGGUGUGACUGUUGUCGCUCCCUCUCCGGCACUGACAGACCGUCAUAUAACAGGUAACUGGAGGUGAUGGGCAGGCCUGGAAACUGUAGACUUUAUUCUCUUACUCUGGAGGAAAAUCUGCAGAAUUCAGUGGGAUGGAUUUAAACUUGAUAAAAAGUGUUGAGCUCAGAGAGUACUGCACUCUUACAGGUUGCAGAAAGCAUAGUUAAAUUAACAAACAUGUAAUAACCAGUGUUGGGUGUAACUAGUUACUUAGUAAUUAGUUACUGUAAUUUAAUUACUUUUCCCUUGAUAAAGUAAAGUAAGGGAUUACUCUUAUUUUUUUCUGUAAUUUAAUUACAGUUACUUUUGAUGUAAUUAAACUAAAUACUUUGUGUAAUAUAUGUGUCAAUAGUGGAAUUCACAUCAAAAUUCAAAGUCUAACUUUAAAAUCUGUGCUUUAAUGUAUAAUUCUCACAUUUGUAAUACUUUGGUCAGUUAAUAAGAGUACUUUAUGUAGUUUAAUAUUGUUUAUUUGAAUGAAUUAAAAGAGCCCUUUCAUGUCUAUCCUUGAAUCACUUAACUAAUCAAGGUUGAUAUAGGAUAUAGAAAGUAAUUAGUAAUAAGUAACUAAAUACUUUUUGGAGAGAUUAAUUUGUACUGUAAUCUAAUUACACUAUUGAAUAUGUAAUUAGUAACUAGUAAUUAAUUACGUUUUGAGAGUAACUUACCCAACACUGGUAAUAACCACAACAUUUUGUAUUUCUUUAGGGCCUUAACGUUUUAUUUUUCAGAAACUUUUUCUGAAUUUCUGGAGAUCAAAAAUGUUUGCUGUUAGCUUUGCUGUGCCGUUGUUGCUUCAUGCACUUUAAAAUCCCUUUUUUAUUUUCUUCAACAGCCUUCAGUACUAAUGAUCUUUAUGACCUUCAGAGGAAUUGUUUAUUCUUGUUGUUACUCUUAAUAUUCAUCACUAUUUAUUGAACUAUUUAUUAGAGUCUUUUAAAAGCACAGUAAGGAUUGUAGAUACUCUGCUUUGUGUUGUGCUUGAAAACACCUCAUGUGUCAUAUUGCUUUAUGAAUAUGAAUAUUUGAAUAUGCUUAAAAACAAGCUUAUAUUUAAAGCUAUAAAUUAUCAUUGAUGAACCUGACAUUAAUUCACACCUAUGUGUAUGGUAGCCUAUAGACAAACACUUUGAACGCUCUAGGAGAAACAUCUCGGCGAUGUGUGGUGUUGUGUUUCAGAGAUGUAUAGUAGUGAAGUAGUUUUACUUUUAUUCAAGUACAGUUUUCAAGUAUCUGUACUUUGAGAAUGUUUUCACUUUGGAAAAAGUUUUAGCAUGUUUUUACCUUUAAUUCAGUACUUAAAGGGAUAGUUCACCCAACAUCUAAAUUCUGUCAUCAGGUCUAAUAAAUGACGUCGUCCUGCUGAACACAAAGGAAGAUAUUUGGUAGAAUGUCAGCAAUUUUCAGUUCUGGGACAUCAUUGACUACCAUAGUAGGAAAAAUGAAAAGGGUAUUCAAAGGGGCCCAGAACUGUUUGCUUUCCUAAAUUCUCCAAAAUAUCUCAUUUUGUGUUCAACAGAAAAAGAAAAUGGUUCUACUAUGUUAGUGAAUGUCCUAGAACUGAAAAUUGGUAACAUUCUUCCAAAUAUCUUGCUUUGGGUUCAACAGAACAAAGAAAUUUAUGCAGGUUAGGAACAAUGUGAGGGUGAGUAAAUGAAAAUUUUCAUUUUCGGGUGAACUAUGCCUUUAAGCACAUUUUUAAAAUCUAGUACUUUCCCACUUUAAAAAGUAACAAUACUUUGAAAAAGAGUGUACUAGAUUUUAAUAUACUUCAGUAUUAAAAGGUAAACAAACAGCAAUAUUUAUUUAUGAAAUAUAGUGGAGUAAAACGUGUGAUAUAUGCUUUAAUGUAGUGAAGCAAAUGUUUUCCAAAGUAAAGCCUGAAAGUAAAAAUACUAAAGUACUAUCCAACACUGUUAAUGUUGAUAAUAAAAGCUUUUAUCAGACACUGAACAAUCAAACAGUCAGUCUUCUUUUUCAUUUAGCCUGUUGUUACAGCCUUGAAGUCAUUAUUGAAUUUGAUUUGAAUUACAAUGCUAUCGAUGCUUUUUGAUUUGUCUGUAUAUUCUCAUGUGAAUAUACUGCUAAAAAUGGCCUCAAAUUGUCUCUGAAUUGUUUUAUUUCAAUUCUGAAAACUACAAUGGAAAAAAUGGAUCUUUCAGACCAGAUCUCACUGUUGUCAGUUAUUGGUUACUAUUUGUUAGUAAAGGGCCUAUUAUUAUCAUUUUCCUCUCAGCAUUCAAAUAUUAUAUAUAUAUAUAUAUAUAUAAACAUACGUGUGAAUAAGUGAUUUGUACUUUUCCUGUAUUCACACAAGCACUGCCCACAAGUUUCUCAGGGCCCUCAGUAGAUAUCGUGUUGUGCUAUCAUAUCUCGCCAUCAUAUAAUGACUCCCGAUAAGCACAGAUCCGCUCUAGCAUACAGUAGAUUCCCAGGCUUCAUUGGUUAUAAAUGCUGGUUUUCUUGUCAAACAAUAACUUAAGUGUGCUGUGACAUUCAAACCACAAACUGUGGUAAAAGCAAAGCAUGGGAAAGGUUGUAAUCUGCCAACAAAUUACCAGUGGACUCACAGAGAACUACAAUAUAUCUUCCCUAUGGGGGACAUAUGGGAUUACACAUUUAUAUGUGCGCUUUUGUUUUUGAGUUCCUUGUAAUAUUUACCUCUCCGUGUGUUUUUGCUGUUAGGCUCAUUUUAAUGUUUAAUGUGAUUGGCCAUCUCCCAAAUCAGGGGCGGGACUUUAAAUUAUUGCCUCAUUGGUUUAAGUUGUAAGGAUAAAAACAUCACUCGACUGUAGCAACCAGCUACUGUCAAUGAUCAUUUUAUCUGAAAUAUUAAUGUCAUAGUUUUUUUACUGAAUGCAUUGCAUUUUUGAUGGUUCACUAUUGAAAACUUUUUGUAAAAAAAAAUUAUUUUGAAAAAUUGUAAAAAUGUCCCAAAAAUGAUCUUUGCAGUCAGUUUGUCUGUUUAGUAGGCGUGUGUGUGUUGUUUGCUCUAGAUGGCACUGUCUUCAUGUGAAGCUUCUUCUCAUCCCUUCUCUCAACAGAAGCCAAAAGGAAAAUUUGAAGAAAAAUAAUAAUUCGGAGGUCUUUUGUGUAUCUAUUCGCAGUUUUCAUCAACACCACUAAACUUUGUUUCCAUUUGCAAAUGUAAGUUUCUCUUCUGACUAUUAAAUAUU